AUGGUUGUUGGAUCAUUCAUUACCAGAGCUUUGAUACUUGUUCUUGGAUAUGCAUAUCCAGCUUAUGAUUGUUACAAGACAGUGGAGCUGAAUAGGCCUGAGAUUGAGCAGUUGCGGUUCUGGUGUCAGUACUGGAUUUUACUUGCAAUGCUUACUGUUUUCGAGAGAGUUGGGGAUAAUUUCAUAUCAUGGUUGCCAAUGUAUAGUGAAGCAAAGCUGGCUUUUAUUGUGUAUUUGUGGUAUCCUAAGACACAGGUUUGGUUUCCUGCUUUUUGUGUUGCCCUAACAUGUUAUGUCUUAUGGCUUGUCUCUAACAAAGGGUUAUUCCAGGGGACUUCAUAUGUCUAUGAGUCGUUCUUCAAGCCGUAUAUCGCAAAACAUGAAUCUGAGAUUGAUCGCAAUCUUCUUGAGUUGAGGACAAGGGCUAGUGAUAUGGCUGUUACUUACUUCCACAAGGUUGCAGACUACAGCCAGUCAAGGUUCCAUGAGAUCUUGCAAUAUGUUGCUUCUCAAUCACAAAGAUCUCGUUCUCAGGCACAGCAACAGCAGCAGCGUCCACCACCUCCACGGACUCGGAUGGCGAAUCCUGCACCACCACCUGUUCCUGCACCAACGGCACCACCGAUGCCACCACAGCCCGCCCAAGUUCCUCCUACUCCACCAAGGAUGCAGGUGCAAGAUAAGGGCCCAGUUCCAGUUGCCCCUCCUGGCGCAGUGCCUCCUGUGCAGCAACAAACACCUUCCGGUCCUGGCCCUGUCACCGGCAACAGCCCCCCAAACAGUGAAGACAUGCUGGUUGAUCAAUCUGGGCCAUCGACAAGCAACGUGCCACUCCGCCCAACAAUGCCUGAAGACGAGGAGACGCUCAUCCAGGAGGCUAUUCGGUUGACUCGGGGCCGGCUCAGGAGGCGCAUGGGUGGAUCUGGACCUCCAUCCAACUAG